AUGGGAGGCGGCGUUUUUUCUGUGCUUCUGGCGCUAACGUUGGUGGUCACACACGUCAGAGCGUCUUCAACAAGCGAGGUCAUCGAACGGAAAGGUGAGGAGGACGAGGUGGCCCAGCGCGUCAGGUGCUGCAGACCUUCGCACUUCAGUUAGCAGUUUUCCGAGUGUGGUUGGGGAGGGCCAUGACGAGCUCCCAGAUGUAUUCAGCGGUCAGCCCAUUUGCACCACAGGGCCCUGUGCGUUGGUGGAUGGUCGAUGCAUUGAUUGGGUUUCAGGUUCCUUCCUCGCCGCUGACAGAGAGGUUCUCUACCUCUUCGUCAAAAGCGAGGUACUUACUGUAGGAAUGAAUGCAUUUCUCAAUAGGAAUCCACGAUUCAUUCGCUCAGCGUCCUAUGGAGACAUCGCCGCCCGUCAUAGUGUGGUUUGGUCCUCGUCCGUCAUGCAGCGCCAGCGCUCUACACGCCGCCUUCAACGCACUCGGGCCUCUGCAACUCACAUUCUCGCCCAACACACGGCCUACGCUGCAGUCCAACACACACAGCUGGCACAAGGCCGCCCAUCUUCUCUUUGUCGACUUCUCGGCACCACUACACGGCUCUCGGGACGGCCGGGACACAUCAGUGAGGCGGUCUUUCGCCCAGUUCUACGUGCCGUUCUCGAGGAAGCACUUGACGGACGGGGCUGCCUUCGGUCCUGCUUGUUUGUUCUUUGCUGGUGAGGGGUCCUCGAGUCACGAGAUCGUGAUUGCCGCCGCUCACAUGAAGAUAUACUAUCCAGCGUCCAAGGUCUGCGGCAUCAUCCUGGGUGUGUGAGGCUGGGCUGGCUGAACAAAGAGGCUGGACAAGGACCAAAGCCCCAGCCAGCCAGACAGACAGACAGACAGACAGAGUCGCUCUGUUGGCUCACUGUUGGUGCCUUGCCUGCAGGUAAUGGAUGGCUGAUUCCUUCGGUCCAGCUGUACGCACAGGCCCUGACGGCUCAUUCAAGAGGUCACGUCACUCACCGGCAUGGAUCGAGUGAAUCGAUCUUCUCGAUGUAUCCUCUUCUGCUCCUCCUCCCUCCCUCCCUGUCUGCCUGUUGUCUCUGUCUGCCUGUUGUCUCUGUCUGUUGUCUCAGGUCUGAUGUCGUAUCGCGCCUCGCAGUAUCUCCAGUGGCUGUGGACACGCAAUUGUGCGCCCUUCUUCUCAUCCAUAGACCAGCAGACAGACCCUGACGACGAUCACACCACCACCGACCCACGCAACACCCUGGAGUCCUUCGCCGCGUCUAUGCGGCCCAUGCCCCAUGACCACCCCUGUCAGGCCAUCCUGGCCGACAUCGUCAAAGGCACCGAUUUCGCCGUGGAGCCAUUCAACCUGACGGCACUGCAGCCGCUGCGUAUGUCUCGGGCGCCGACCGAUGCUGGGAGGGGGAGUGACAUGUGGGAGUGGCGUGUGGACGCCAGGACCAACAGUGACAACAUGGACAUGUGGGACUUUAUCUACUCUCACGACAUGAUGAAGGCACUCGGCAGACUGCACACCAUAGAGACGGGGGCCACAAAGCGGUAAAAGAUACAUAGAGACGGACAGAUGAGGCACGUUGUCCGUUCCGUGUGUCGACCAGGGGAUGGUCGACGGCGCACAUGACGUGCCGCACGUCGGUCGACACUCUUCGGCCGGCCUACCUGUCAUCACUGCUGCCCCUCCUCCCUCCCCUUGCCGCAUCGCUGUCCCAUGGAGUGCUGCUCUAUCACGGCACGGAGAGCCUCGUGAAUGGUGUAGAGGGGGCCGACCUCGCAAUCACGCGGCUGUUUCCCCACCUUGCCAGUGUCCAAAGGGCCGCCUGGCAAGUUCAGGGUGAGGUGAGCGGAGGGGAAUGGCAACAAAGAACAUGCGCCGUUGGCUGUGCUGUCUGUCUGUCUUGCAGGUGUGAUAGCUGGGUAUUCUCAGUCGAGUGUGUUGGGUGAGGUGGCGGGCCACCCCUCAUGGGUCCACUAUGUCGUCAUGCCGGGCGUCUCCCACUCACCCACCACCGACAGGCCCCGCGAAAUGCUCGACCUGCUUGGCAAGUUUAUCAGAGGUGAUAUAGGUACACAGACACACCGACGUCACAUAACACAUGCACACCCAUCCACAGAAUACACAGAUUGGUUCAUGGCCGCCUGUCUCUCAUUUCGUAUCAGGAAAUGCGUUGGGUCCGCCUGUCGAGUCGUCGGUGCCUUUGGAGUUUGCCAUGUCGGCUCCCCCGCCAUUCAAAUAUGGCACACACGCUGUCAGCACACAACACACACCGACGCAGACAAAGCGGAGCGACGGGACCACCUACCGACUAUGGGAGAUAUCAUCCAGCGGGCGACUCGUCUGUGUGGUAUCUUGGUUGUUUCUGUAGGGCAUGUGUCCAUCCUCUGUUGGCGGGCCGCCGUAUCUGAUCGUCGUGUGUGUCUUCGGAGUCUUGAUUGGAGCGACGCUCGCCAUCUUCUUAUUCGCCAUGUAAGCUGACGACCGGAGUCGUGUGUCUUGCAUUGUGUGCGGCAUAUGUAUGCAAAUGCAGCCUGCACAGACCCGUCAGUGUCCGAUCGCUGUCGCCUCGUUUUCUUGACAGACGGACACGGUAAAGCAGGCAGGCAGGCAGGGAAAGAUCCGUCGUGUCUCUCUAGCUGUCUCUUGGAUACCUGUCUGUCUCUCUGUCUGUGUGUGUCCAUCGCGCGAUAGCAGGGACUGCCCCAGCGUCCCGCGUCACUCGUCAGUCCACAAGCCAGCGAAGCUCACCCGGCCCCCUCCGCCCCGCACCAUCACUGAGAUGACCGCUGACAUCCGUACGUCCACCCCCUCUAUCACCACGCAGCCCCCACGGGCAGGUGGGUCGCAGGGCGGCCGGCGGCUCGUGCCGCCACCACCACCCCCGCCCGCCAAGCAUGCCAGAACAAAUGAGGUCAGCUGACAAGCACGGAGGGGUGAGCAUCAAUCAGCUGGGGACUGCCUGAUUGAUUCGGUUGUGAUGGUGUUUGUUUUGUUCAGUGUGGUGUGGAUGUGGGCAUGACGGAGCGACUGCUGCAGGAAGAACCAAGGCACGAGGUCAUGACAUGAAUGACCAUGUGAGUCUCCAUUCUCACAUACAUACUUACAUGUGUAUCAUGGAUGGGAUGGGAUGGGUAGGGCGAGAGUUGCACGGCAUGAUCGAUGGGAC